UCGAGAAUUACUCCCAAAGAUCAAAGAUUCCAAUUAUCCUCCCACACAGAUUCCCCCUGCUCCUCCAAUAAGUGAAUACACACACACUGUGUGAGAAACAAGAUUCUGCUUGCGAGGAAAGGCGGCUGCUUUUUUAUCCACAGAAUAUUUAGAAAAGUUUAUUUUAUUUUAUAUUCUCUCUCUAGAAAAGAAAAAGGAAAAAAAAGAAAAAAGAAAGAGAGAGAGAGAGAGAGAUUUCCGUUUGUUUCCCGAAAAUGGGGAGAAGAAAGCUCGAGAUGAAGCAGAUCGAAAACAACAGUGCUCGGAUGGUUUGUUUCUCGAAGAGAAGAAGCGGCUUGAUUAAGAAAGCCAAGGAAUUAUCUGUUCUCUGCGAUGUCGACGUGGCCGCCAUUAUCUUCUCCAAGAGAGGAAAGCUUUAUCAGUAUUGUAGCGCCAAUAGUAUGGCGCAGGUCCUGCAAGAAUAUCAAAGUCGAGUCGAGAGUGAGAAAGAUGGUUGCGAUACAGAGGAUCUGUACUCCAGAAACGGUGAUUAUCUUACAUAUAGUGAGCUUCUCAAAACUGUUGGAAGUGAACUUAAGGAGCCACAUGUUGACAAGAUAAGUGUGGCGGACCUUGGGCUCAUGCAGAAACAUCUUGAGACUGCAUUAAUGGAUAUACGUUCGACUAAGACAAAAUUGAUGACGGAUGCUCAGUCAAGCCUUCAGGAAAAGGAAAAGAUGCUGGAAGAAGAAAAAAAGCAUUUCAACGAGAUUGUUGAAGGCAAUAAUAGUGCUAAGAAAAAGAAGGUGGUGAUAGAUCUCAACAUUGCCGUAGACUGCUAAACGACAAAUGGAAGCAUACAACACCGGACGGACCUCGUUCAAACUUUUAUGUGUAAAAUAAAAAAUAAAAUAUCUGCAGAAUCAUAAAAAUGGAUGCAGGUAUAAAUAAAAGGUGCUAGAGGAAUAUCUACCUACCUCUUAAUUGUGAGCAAGGCCCUUGUUGCAUGGUGUGUAAGCUGCUUGACCCCUCUUCGGUAUUCGAGCUUUUGUUAAAUACUGCUCUGUUUUUAACGGUUGAACAUAUAUGGGAUAUAUGCUUCGCU